CGAUGAAUGAGUUGAGUCAUCAUUCGUCAAUUGAUCGUUUUCAAACCAACUGAACACAAGUAAACUUUUCCCGAGUUCAUCAUGAAGUUAUUUAUCGCCAUCAUCGUCCUAACCCUUACGGUUGCUUCUCAAGCUUCGUAUAUCCCGGAGGCAACGUAUCCGUCUUGGCCGGUGAGCACCUCUGUAUGGCCUCAAUAUGGAGUCUAUGGCAAAGGACUCUAUAAUGCCUGGCCACAAGCUAACGUUGCUGCCUGGAAUGACCAUUCCUACGUCAACUCAUGGUCUCCAGCGUGGGCUCCAGCCUAUGGCUAUGAUAAUGGAUUGUACGGAUACAAAGUCAAUUCUCUAAACUCUGCAUACUCAUGGGGAUUGCCCUGGGGAACCAAUGGACAUGCUGCUGGAGUCUACGGAUGGGGACAUAAAGGUGGUUACCUCUUGUCGGUUCCAGUUUCGAAGCAGAUUGCUGCCACUCCCGGUUCGGUUCAUGUGGCUCCAGUUCCAGUUGGUGGAGAGAAAUUGAUUGUUGCUUAAAAUUUCGAAGGUUAAAAUAAAUAUCGUUGCAGAUCAAAUUUUAGGAUUCUUUAAACUUGAUUUUUCCUAUUCUUCCGGAUUCCGUUUAUGGUUGACAAAGAGAGAAACCUUAUUGCAAUAAAUAGCGAGAGCGAACAAUUACGUGAACCAAA